GUGAGACAGCGGUGAGUGUGUGUGUUUUUAACUGGCCAGAAGAGGCUGACAUGCCGGCAUGGAGCAUAAUUGCUGCCUCUUGACUGCCUCUGUUUGUGUGUGUGUGUGAGGCUCAGCUGCUCUCAUGAUCAUCUGCCAACACAGCCUCUGCUGCUAGCAACAUGUUUCGACGCACAAAAAGUUGCAGAACCAGUAACCGGAAAAGCCUCAUCCUGACCAGUACGUCGCCCACUCUGCCACGGCCGCACUCUCCACUGCCUGGACACAUAGGAAGCAGUCCGUUGGACAGCCCGCGCAACUUCUCACCAAGCGGACCUGCCCACUUUUCCUUCGCCUCCUCUCGCAGGGCUGAUGGUCGUAGAUGGUCUUUGGCUUCUCUGCCUUCCUCAGGAUAUGGCACCAAUACACCCAGUUCAACGUCGUCCAGCUCAUCCCAGGAGCGGCUGCACCAGCUGCCCUUCCAGCCGACCAUGGACGAGUUGCACUUCUUGUCCAAGCACUUUGGCAGCACCGAGAGCAUCACGGACGAUGACGGGGGCCGACGCUCGCCGCACGUCCGCCCUCGCUCUCGAAGCCUCAGCCCAGGGCGCUCUCCUUCCUGCUAUGACAAUGAAAUAAUGAUGAUGAACCAUGUAUACAAGGAGCGCUUCCCCAAGGCCACAGCUCAGAUGGAGGAGAGGCUGGCAGAGUUUAUCCACAACUACUGCCCAGAGAGCGUUCUGCCACUGGCCGACGGGGUCCUCAGCUUCAUCCACCACCAGGUAGCUGAGCUGUCCAGGGACUGCCUGACCAAAUCACGCGAAGGUCUCAUUACCAGCGUCUACUUCUGUGAACUGCAGGAUAACCUGGAGAAGCUACUGAAUGAUGCUUAUGAGCGCUCCGAGAGUCCGGAGCUCACCUUCGUCAUUGAGCUCUGCAAAAAGCUCUUCAUCAUCAUAUCUCGUCCAGCCAGGCUCCUCGAGUGUUUGGAGUUCAACCCUGAAGAGUUUUACCAUCUGCUGGAGGCAGCGGAAGACCACGCCAAGGAGGGACAACUAAUGAAGGCAGACAUCCCUCGAUACAUCAUCAGCCAGUUGGGGCUGACCAGAGACCCACUGGAGGAAAUGGUGAGCCUUGACAGCUACGACAGUGAGGGUCCACACACCCCAGAGACCGAUGACUCAGCAGAGGGAAAAGGGAGAGCCAUCAAGCCACCGAGUGAAGAAGAUUUUCAGAGCAUCAAACUGAUCAGCAAUGGCGCUUAUGGUGCCGUCUACCUGGUGCGCCACAGAGAGACACGUCAGCGUUUCGCCAUGAAGAAGAUCAACAAGCAGAAUCUGAUCCUGAGGAAUCAGAUCCAGCAGGCGUUUGUAGAGAGAGACAUUCUCACCUUCGCAGAGAACCCGUUCGUUGUCUCCAUGUUCUGCUCGUUUGAAUCACGGAGACAUCUGUGCAUGGUCAUGGAGUAUGUAGAGGGUGGUGACUGUGCCACUUUGUUGAAGAACAUCGGGGCUCUGCCUGUGGAGCUGACCAGGAUGUACUUUGCGGAGACAGUUCUAGCCCUGGAAUACCUGCACAACUAUGGCAUCGUCCAUAGAGACCUCAAACCUGACAAUCUACUGAUCACCUCCAUGGGACACAUCAAGCUCACAGACUUUGGUUUGUCGAAGAUGGGUCUAAUGAGCCUCACCACCAACCUGUACGAGGGACACAUUGAAAAAGAUGCCAGAGAGUUCCUGGAUAAGCAGGUGUGUGGUACUCCAGAGUACAUCGCUCCAGAGGUGAUUCUCCGUCAGGGCUAUGGAAAGCCUGUGGAUUGGUGGGCCAUGGGCAUCAUCCUCUAUGAGUUCCUGGUGGGCUGCGUGCCUUUCUUUGGAGACACUCCAGAGGAGCUGUUUGGACAGGUCAUCACAGAUGAUAUAGUUUGGCCUAAAGGUGAUGAAGAACUGCCUGCUGAUGCCCAGGAUCUCAUCUCUGCCCUGUUGCAGACCAACCCUCUUCUGAGGUUGGGUACAGGCGGAGCGUUUGAGGUGAAGCAGCACGGGUUCUUCACAGAGCUGGACUGGAACAGUCUGCUGAGACAGAAGGCAGAGUUCAUCCCUCACCUGGAGUCAGAGGAGGACACCAGCUACUUUGAUACCCGCGCUGAUCGGUAUCAUCACAUCAAUACGUACGACGAGGAUGACACCAAUGACGAUGAGCCGGUGGAGAUCAGACAGUUCUCUUCCUGUUCUCCUCGCUUCAGCAAGGUUUACAGCAGCAUGGAGCAUCUGUCUCAGCUGGAGCAGAAAGCUACGACCUCUGUGUCCCGUCGGGAGCACAAGGGCCCACGGGAGGACAAGGUGACCAAGAGAGAGAGCCUAGGCAGCUUCAGCAUGAGAGACAAGAGCUGGAGGACCGGAUCCCCCGAGAUGAAGCGCCUGUCUUGUUCAGAGUCCCUCUACAUGGAGGGGGAUGCGAGCCCUCCUCUUGGUGCUCGCCGACGCUUCUCAGCACUGAUGGAUACACAUCGUUUUGCCUCGCCCCUAGACGGUGAGCCAGACUUCCUGUCCCGCCAGGCGCCCAUCAAGGUCCGUGGAACCUCACUGGAUGGGACGAGUGUCCCCUCACCGACCCUCCUGGAGCAGAGGAACAGUCUGAAGGAGAUCAACGGAGCAGACAAAUCCCCUCGACAUGGAGAGACACCAGGAGUUACCACGGCCAUCGCCACAUUAUCCUCAGGUCCUGCAGCAGCCAGUCAUGACGUGAUCACUCCCCUGUAUGACCCUCUGGGGCCCCGGGCCACCAAUGACCUGGUGCUCCGCAGGGCGCGCCAUCAGCAUUUGUCUGGUGAGGGAGAGAAACGUAACUCCAGGGCUGGAAACAAGGUCAUCAAGUCAGCCUCUGCCACUGCCCUGUCUGUCAUCAUCCCAUCAGUGGAACAGCAUGGCGGCUUCUCUCCGCUGGCCAGCCCCAUGUCUCCCCACUCUUUCUCCUCCAACCCCUCGUCCCGGGACUCUUCACCCAGCAGAGACUUCUGCCCGGCAGUCAGCGCGCUGCGCUCUCCUAUCACUAUCCAUCGCGCUGGAAAGAAGUACGGCUUUACUCUCAGGGCCAUCAGGGUCUACAUUGGAGACAGUGAUAUCUACAGCGUGCAUCACAUUGUUUGGCAUGUGGAGGACAGCGGCCCCGCCCAGGAAGCUGGCCUGUGUGCCGGUGACCUCAUCACCCACGUCAACGGGGAGUCUGUCCACGGUCUGGUCCACACUGAAGUGGUAGAGCUCAUCCUCAAGAGUGGAAACAAGGUGACGGUGACGACCACGCCUUUUGAGAACACCUCCAUUAAAGUGGGUCCUGCCCGCAAGGCCAGCUACAAAUGUAAGAUGGCCCGACGAAACAAGAGGACCAUGGGCAAGGACGGCCAGGACAGUAAGAAGCGUAGCUCCUUGUUCCGUAAGAUCACUAAGCAGUCCAAUCUGCUGCACACCAGCCGCAGCCUGUCCUGUUUGAAUCGCUCUCUGUCCUCCAGUGAGAGUCUUCCUGGCUCCCCAACUCACAGCUUGUCUGCCCGGUCCCCGACUCAGGGCUACCGCUCCACCCCUGAGUCCUCAUACCUGGGUGCCUCCUCCCAGAGCAGCUCUCCAGCCUCUAGUACUCCAAACUCCCCCGCUCCCUCUCAGCACAUGAGGCCCAGCUCUCUGCACGGCCUCUCCCCUAAACUCCACCGCCAGUAUCGCUCUGCCCGUUGUAAGUCUGCAGGUAACAUCCCCCUGUCCCCGCUCGCCCACACACCCUCCCCUACCCAGUCUUCGCCUCCACCGUUGCCUGGCCACACUGUGGGGAGCUCCAACACCACGCAGUCCUUUCCUGUGAAGCUCCACUCCUCGCCGCCGGUGGUCCGUCCCAGGCCCAAGAGUGCUGAACCCCCUCGAUCACCUCUUCUCAAACGGGUGCAGUCAGCGGAGAAGCUAGGCUCGCCUCUGAUCCAGUCUAGUUCUACAGGAGGGCUGGGGGGUCCGCUGAGGAAGCACAGCCUGGAGGUGCAGCACUCUGAGUACCGUAAGGAUGCCUUCCUCUGUGAGCUUGGCCUCCAGAGCCUGUUGGAGACAGAUGGGGAAAACUUCCCUCCUAAUCCUCCACCCCUGCCCUCAUCCUCUACAAGCCCAGAGACUGGUGUGCUGAAGCCUGUGAGGAGACUUGGGAGACAGGAGUCACCACUUAGCAGGGAUACGCUGCUGGCUGGGAGGGAGAGGGAAGAGAGGGAGAGAGGAAGGGAAAGGGAGAAAGAAAGGGAAACUGAUACAGGGACAGUCCUGGCGAGAUUGGGUCGGCUUGGAGCAACAGUAUCCCAAUCAUCCUUAACAAGAAAACCUCAUACAAGUGAUCUGCCCUUUAGCUCGCAGGCUGGCCAGAGCUCCAGACUAAGUGCAGAAACCACUAAAGCUACAGCUUCCAACUCCCCUCCCAAAACGACAGGAAUUCUAGGUGGUCAGAAGGGACUUGAAAAGAUCUCCCAGAGUUUGGCAGAUUUGACUUCAAAACAGCAAGAUCACAUGGCAGUUAAAAGUGUGUUAUCUAAUAGUAAAGAUCCCCAGGAGCAGCUAUGGGGCAGAACUGAACCAAAGCAAGAAGGAGACAACAAGAGCAGGCCCGGUUUACUUGGUGCUGCCUUCACCAGGAGCUCUGCUUCUAGUCCUGAUAAAUCCAUCGGCAUCAACGCGACAGUGAAAGCGGGUCCUCUCAGCAUUAACAAAAUCUUUAAACCAUCAGGUAUGGGGGAUAGCCUGAGAAAGGCUGGAGCAGAGAGCAUUGACUCGAGGACUCCAGACUUCGGCUCCAAAAGCCCCAAACUCCUAGCUCGCGUUCUCGCUCCCGCCGUCCCCCCACAUGGGCAGCCACUCUCGCUUGGCAAGGUGAGGCAGGGACUUGGUCCUGUCAACUGCUACCGGGGAACCCUUGACUGGGAGGACAAAUGUCGCCUGGAGGUGGUAGAGGAGCAUUCGCCUUCUCCCUCUCCCUCCCCGACUUCUGUCGCUCCCUCCCUCUGCGGACCUUCCCUCUGUAAGUCGCGGCCUGUCUCCCCUGGCGACAAGACAAGCUUUGUCAGCCAGCUGACCACUGUGGCCAAAAAUGUCCUCGGACCAAUAAAGCUUGGCUCCCAGGAAGCGUCCAAGAGCAAAGACCAGCAGACUAAGGCAGCGGAGGAGAGGCACGGAGGCAUAGUAGGAAAGUCUGACACUCCUGCUGGAGGUCGAGUGGUUGUUGGGGCUGCAGUGGUGACCCAAAGUCCUGCUGGCUCACCACUAGAGAGGGCUGCAACAGGUAGCAGCCAGUCGAAAAUGUGACCCCAUGGGGUCCCUAAAUGGGACUUUAGUAAAAAACAAAAUAAGAAAAUAAAAAAAGAUGCCUUUUUUGGAUGAACACCGCAACAGAAGUCAAGCACUUAAAAACAAUGAACAUUCCAGUUUCAGAGUAUAUAAAAUAUUAUUUAUUGAUUCCAAUCAUUGACUGAUUCUAACUUAAACCCAGGAGAGAAAUAAUCUACUGUUAAGGUGCAUUAUCUGUUGAUUUUCUAUUAUAAAGUAUUUAAUAAGAAGACUCUUAAUGUAAUGUGGAACACUUUAUCAGAUGUAUAUGUGUGUGGGUCUAUGUGAACGCAUGUCAUAUGGUAUGUACUGUACAUCUAUUAUAGGGACAAGAAGGUCAAAAAGUGCUUUACCGAUCAAAACAUGCUGAAAACUGUGAAUACCAAAUCCAGUCACUCUAUUCAUGUCUUUUAACCUGCCCUUUGUUCUUUUACUGCUCAUCAAACAGGACAAUGAUGAACUGAGUCACAGUCAAAUUGUAAUUUUGCAUCGAACAACACAACUGACACGCAGCCUCAGUUUGGCUUCAGCGGGAAAAGCAAGCAACAAGAUGAUUAAGCUAAUUUUCUUCUUCAUCCAGCAGUUUACUGAGUUGCUGUGCACGGUCAGACAAAACCAAAGCAGGCACUCUGUCAGUGGAUGUCACGUCAAGCACUGUCUAGCUCUGUCUGUCGCAGGGGAUGUGUGUGUGUGUGUGUGUGUGUGUGUGUGUGUGUGUGUGUGUGUGUGUGUGUGUGUGUGUGAGAGUGUGAGUGUGAGUGUGUGAGUGUGAAGCCACCUUGGGUCUAUUUCUGGUGGUUCUUGAAGGCUGUGUCCUUCUGCAGAGGAAAGCAUGUUUGACAGAGCUCAGGCUCAGCGCUUAUCUCCCCUUCACAGGAGGGCUACCACAGCCCUUUUCUCCACAUGCCUCCGACUGCAGCCGACACAUAAACACAUGUACACACACUCACAUUACCACAGGAGGCAGCAGUGUCAGCAGCUAAUUUUCAUGCAUUUAAAACCGUGGUCCAUAAAUUGGGACAUGAGUGUGUUUGCGCGUGAGUGAGUUAAGAAGUGUGUGAGAAUGUGUGUGUCUUUUCAAGGAGUAAUUUUACUGAAGCAAGGGACAUCAUGACAAAAACUGGCAGCAGAACCAUGCAGUAACAGUUACAGGCUUUGCUGAACUCUGCUACUGUAUUAACAAAUCACACAGGCAUAGUGAUGAUAACUUGUGUGGAUAUUUAAAAAAAGAAAAAAAAGAAUUGUAAGCACAUAUAUAGUGAAUCCAUAUGUUGUUUUGAGCCAAAACAGGAAAAGCAGGCAGUCAUGGAUGUAGCAUAAUGUCAUGUGUUUGUUAAAGGGCUCUAUAGCUAAGGUAGGGUUUGUGGAUAUGGGCAUGGUACAGUAUAUCACACAAGUUUAUCUGCAGUAUAAUCAGAAUGACUGUAUUAGAUUGUUAAGUAGUCAGGAUUGAUCCAUGUAACGCUCACAUUGUGCUAUAUAACAUACUGAUAAAGGUUUUUGAAUCAAUAAUCUCCGUAAGAGUGCUGAGAAGGAUAAAAUGUUCUCCGGAAAAACAACUUGUGCUCUUCUCCCACUGGUCGUAUUAAUCUCCUCAGUAAUUCAUUCUCAGUAACUAUCCAGUGUACAUAAUCUUAUGCAACUCAUGUUCAGCUGUGUGUGUCGACAUGUCACAAUACUGCUACUAGCUGAUUUAUGGAAGAAAGUAUAGGUGUUAAAUCAUUUAAUCCAUCUAUGAUUUGAUACGUCUCACAACAGUACUUUGAUUAAAACAACUUUGAUUCUUCUAAGCUCUACAAAUGUAAACUGAUUCAACCAACAACAGCAACUUCACACAGAGGCAGAAGUUCAAAGACUGAAAUUAAUUUUCUAGUCUAAAGUUUGUUCUCCAACUGUUUUACGUCAGGUACUAAAUGUGCAGUUGUGCUGGGAGCGGUUGCUGAUUGUUUUACACCAUCUGUCGGAAAAACUAAAAGAAUGAGCUGGAAGUGGCUAAAAGCUAUGCACAGCCACAAAGUGGGAAGUUGAUUUUUGUGGUAUUGGCUUAUCUUUUAACAAAAGCAGUGAUUAAUACAACAACACAUUUCUUAAUGCAUCUUUAACACAAUAUAUAUUGAUUUAAACGUAUUUAAAAGGAUGCUGUUAGUAUUCCAUCCUUGAAUCUAACAAUGAUUUUACAUUAGCAAGGCACAUGCACUAACCAGUUUCUUUUUUCAUUUGGCAUUGUACUCUACUGCCCUCCAGUGGUUCAAAAACAUCCACUGUUAAACAUGUUUCCAUAAAAUGUUAAUUUCUGUAACGAAGCCAAGACCACUAAAAUACUGCAGAAUGGAUGUUAUUAGCCAUAGGGUUACUGAAUAUGCAUUUAUGUUUUUAAUGAUAAAAUGUUUGCAGUAAUUAUCAAAUGGACACUUGAAACAUGCAUUUAUUCUUUUUCUGUUGUGUUCUUCAUGUGACUGUUAAUUAUAUCUUCUGGAAUAGGGAUUUACAUUUUUAAUAUAAUAUACUGUCUUAUAUAUUCGACUGAUAGGAAGGACUUCUUUUAUAUCUUGAUGUAAUAAAUGAGUCAUCAGGUCAGCUCUGAUCACCUGAUUAGAAAACUAACUGUAAUGUAAUCUUAUACAGCUAUUAUGCCCACUUUCAGGCCUUUUCCCAAUCAAUGGUGUCUAUGCUAGUGUUACAUGUUCGAGAAUUUCUUUUUUCUUUUUGUGAUUGACAGAGAGUAGUAUAAAUGCACUUUAUUUGAAAGAAAAAAAAUCUUCAUUUGCUGGUAUUAUUCGUAAGUUACUUCGAAGAAAAUAUACUCUAUACUAAUAUGGAUUCUACAAAUAAACACAAAAGUCCUAGUAUAAAAACAUUCCACAUUUCUCUGUUCACUGAAAGUGUAUUUAUUUGUACCAUGGGGCAUUUUUGUUUGUGAUAGAUGUGAUUCAAAUGCAGACACCUGAAGUGCAGUAUGUGGAAUAAAAUUCUGAGAUUUGUU